AUGAAUAAAGACAAUCCGGAUCAAAACGUUCUGAAAAAGUCAAUUGAAAGUCGAAUAAUUGUCGCAGGUUCAGGAGGUGGUGCUUCUUCAGGUGAUGAACGUCCUUUGGGUAAAAUUGAUGGUUUUCCUGGUGGCAAUAUUUCUGCAAUAUCGAAUGGAGCAUAUGUACUCGGAGGAAACCAAAUAUCAGGUAAACUUGGUAUCGGCGACGAUGGAAGUUCAUCAUCUAAUAAUGAAGGAGCUUCUGGUGGUUGCGGCAGUGGCUACCGAGGAGGAAUUAAUAAACUUCCUUCAAAUUCAGAUUCAGGAUAUUUCCAAAUUGGAGGUACAGGAGGAAGUUCAUAUAUCAGCGGUCAUUUUGGAUGUAUCAGUCCGAAUCAUCAAAAUGAUUUAGUUGAAAAUAAACAGAAUUCUAUUCAUGAAUCAGGUUAUAUAUUCACCGAUACUAAGAUUAUCAAUGGGCAAGAAAAAAUGCCAAGUCCAUAUAAUGAUUCAUUCAUUAUUGGCAAUAUUGGUAACGGCAUUGGACGAAUAACCUUUCUUUAUGCAUAUAUAAACUCAUGUGUUAUCUUCAAAAGUAAUUAUUAUUUAUUCAUGUUUUCAUUCACUGCUUUAAAUCCCACAUAG